AUGUUCGCUCUACUAUUUCUUCUUGGCAUCCUGAAAGAAGUCGAAUCGGGAGGACUUGCUCUUACUAAAUGCCUUGCAGCCCCUGCUCCUGCUGUUGCUCGACCUUCGCCACCUCCAAGUGCUUGUAAAGAUAAAGAUGCAGUCGUUUGCACGGCAGUCUUUGCUCCUUUGGGUUCCGAUGCAGCAAACAACGCGAAUCCGGCGAACGCAUAUCUCGUCAAUGCAAAUUGUCAAAAUGCGACACUUGUAGCAAACGCUGAAGCAUUAUGUCCGUCAUCAUGCGCGGUGUGCUGUUUGACACCCGAAUUCAACUGCGAUAACGCCCAAGGCGCAGAUUGCGCUCCAUUUACCUUAAGUCCGGAUUUAUGUACAAAUCCACUUACUUCCGCUGCUGCGCUAGCGAACUGCCCCAAAGUCUGCGGGCUAUGCAAUCGACCUGGUGCUGGUGGUCGCUGUCCUGAUAUUGUAACGAACUGUGCAGCAUUAUUGCCCCUCUUAACCUGCCAAAAUGCAUAUAUGCAGCAGAAUUGCAUGACGACAUGCCGAAUUACAACUUGCUUAUCCACAACUACAAGCGCCGGAGCAGCUUCUGCAUGCUCGGAUAGUCGAGCCAAUUGCGCGGAAAUGGCAUCUUUAUGCAACACUCCACCGUAUUCAACAGUGAUGGCGGAGCAAUGCAGAAGGACUUGUCGCUUGUGCACAUGA